CAGCCGGUGACUCGGGUACUGGGUUUGGAGUAGGACCUGCGGCGUGCUCGAGACUCCGACUUCGGUCGUGCAGGGCGCUCGCGCCCGCGGGCCAUGCCCCACUGACUCUAAGUGGGCACUGCCCCGGCUCCGGGAGGGCGAGACCGAGCACUGGCCAUGGGAAGCUUCCAGCUGGAAGACUUUGCGGCGGGCUGGAUCGGAGGUGCAGCCAGUGUCAUCGUCGGCCACCCUCUGGAUACAGUCAAGACUCGCCUGCAGGCUGGCGUUGGCUACGGAAACACCCUCAGCUGCAUCCGCAUGGUGUACAGGAGGGAGAGCGCGUUCGGCUUCUUCAAGGGCAUGUCCUUCCCCCUCGCCAGCAUUGCCGUCUACAACUCCGUGGUGUUUGGGGUCUUCAGUAACACGCAGCGGUUCCUCAGCCAGCACCGCUGCGGGGAGCCCGAGGCCAGUCCUCCCCGCACGCUGUCGGACCUGCUCCUGGCCAGCAUGGUGGCCGGCGUGGUCUCCGUCGGGCUGGGAGGGCCCGUGGACCUCAUCAAGAUCCGGUUGCAGAUGCAGGCACAACCGUUUCGGGACGCCAACCUCGGUUUGAAGUCCAGGGCAGUGGCUCCUGGGGAGCAGCCAGCAUACCAGGGACCCGUGCACUGCAUUACAACUAUUGUGAGGAAUGAGGGCCUGGCGGGGCUGUACCGGGGGGCCAGUGCCAUGCUGCUGAGGGAUGUCCCAGGCUAUUGCCUCUACUUCAUCCCCUACGUGUUCCUGAGUGAGUGGAUCACACCUGAGGCCUGCACAGGCCCCAGCCCCUGUGCCGUGUGGCUGGCGGGCGGCAUGGCAGGAGCAAUUUCUUGGGGGACAGCGACUCCUAUGGAUGUCGUGAAAAGUCGACUCCAAGCUGAUGGGGUUUAUUUAAACAAAUAUAAAGGUGUCCUGGACUGUAUCUCCCAGAGUUACCAGAAGGAAGGUCUUAAAGAGGUGAACACAGGAUGACUACAGUGUUCCCUGGGCGUCAUCUCUGCAUGUGAAGCCCUAAGAGCUGCAGAUGUUUUGCCUCUGGACGUCCAAGUGGACAUCAAUUAGCAAGCAUGGGCUAGGAUGGUGCGGAUACUGACGUGGCCCUUCUGAUGCCUGGGAUGCCUCAUGAAUCACUGAUUCAAGCCCUCCAAGGUUCUGAUCCCCAAUGCGCACUCUGCUAGGCUGGCAUCAAAGAGCUUUCCAAGAAAUGUUUGGUCCAGCAGAGAAGUCAAGACCAUGAGCACCAGGGAGCCAGAAACCACCCAGAGAAACAUUGCUUCGCUCCUCUGUCUGAGGAUGGGGAGGGGCCAGUGAGCUCUGGGCUCAGCCACUCUCUCCUGUCUCAAGUACCACGUCCCCGUGCCUCCGGUCUCCUCUCAGCAUAGACCAGGUUUUUCCCUGCUCCUGCACCCGUGGAUCCUGAGGACAGCGGUAGCGACUUCCUCACCGCACGCUGAGUUCAGCGCGCGCUCCUCACUGUGCACUUGUUAGUGUCUGUUGAGUGAUUAAAUCACAUCCUCAGGUCUGCAGCAAAUAAAUGAAGGUUUCUUUAUUUUUUAUUAACUAAAUUGAGAUUUUUUUCAAGCUGAUGACAGAAAAAAAUAAUUUUGCCAUUUCAGGGUAAAACUUCGAAAUUCUAAGUUAAAUGCCCAGUUCAAGAUUUUUUCCUUCUCCACCUUCCCCUGGGGUUGACUUUAGAUCUGGGAGGUUUGGGAUUUAGGGAGAGGCUUCAGGGACCUGGGAGGUGCUCUGUCCUACCCUGAUGUUCUUUCUGGCUAGUCCUGGGCAUGGCUUUCCCUCCAGGGUGGCUUCUGUAGAAGCAUCUUCAGUCCCAUUUGGUCCCUGUCCCGUGGUCUGAGCCUGCCAUAUAUGCCCAUCCCAAGGCCUCUCCGGCCUUACCAUCCUCCAAGACACAUCAGUGCCCCUCUCUGCCCUGUGUGAAAAUCUUUGGUUUCUCCGUUGAAACUAUUCAGGAGGCUGCAUCAAGCCCAGCUUCCUAGGGCCAGUGGGUGGUCCUCCCUAUACCACACCUUGGGUUAUGUGGCGAGAGGCAUUCUCUUUUCAUGUCAUCUCCCAGGGCAUUCAGGGGAUAUGGCUCAUGUGCCCUUCACUCUUGGUUUUCUACCCUCCCCAGGAGUUCUGCUCUCUACCCCGAGGCUCUGCUGGGGGCCAGGCAGAGAGCCCUUCUCCAGGGAACUCAACAGUGUCUGCCAUCAUCCUCUCCUCUCGGACUUCUCUUCCAUUGUCCAAGGAGUUACUUUCUAUCCCAGGGCUAGGAAAGUUACCACUGGAAACUCUAAAGCCAAGAAUUAACUUCUGUAUCAAUAACCUCUAUACCAAUAAGUGCAGAAAAUACAUCAGACACAGUCCAAUCUCAUUCAUGAUAAAAGUGCUCAACAGACUGAGAAUAAAAGGGAAUUUUCUCAGCCUGAUACUAAGCAUUUAUGAAAAGUCCACAGCUCACAUCAUAUUAAUAUUUAAUCGUGAAUGACUGGAUCCUUUCCCACUAAAAUCAGGAACAAAACAAGAAUAUGUACUCUCACCACUUCUAUUCAACAUUGUAUUGGAAGUUCUAGCCAGAAAUUAGCCAAGGAAGUGAAAGAAAAGGCAUCCAAAUUGGAAAAAGAGAAGUAAAUUACCUCUAUUUACAGAUAAUAUGAUACGGUAUAAGAAGUGAUGGUUGUGCAACCUGCCAAUGUACUAAAAUCUAUUGAAUUAUACGCUUCAAAUGGAUGAAUUGUAUUGCAUAUGGUAUAUGAAGCGUAUCUCAAUGAAGCCAUCUGUUUUUUGUUGUUGUUGUUGUUGCUGUUGUUGUUGUUUGUUUGUUUUAAGACAGGAUCUUGCUCUGUCGCCCAGGCUGGAGUGUAGCGGUGCAAUCAUGGCUUACUGCACCCUCGACCUCCUAGGCUCAAGCAAUCCUCUCAUCUCAGACUCUGAGUAGCUGGGACUACAGUUACAUGUCACCAUACCCAGCUAAGUUUUGUAUUUUCCAUAGAGACUGGGUUUCACCAUAUUGACCAGGCUGAUCUCAAAUUCCUGGGCUCAAGUGAUCUGCCUGU